CAAGUUCGAAUAUGGGUCAUCUUAUCCGGGGUCAAAAAUUUGGAGCCCAAAUAUGGAAAAACCUUGUAAGCACUCUAGAGCUGCACAUCUUCACUUAGGCACGAACCGACAUUUCGGAACAUGGCGUCGGUACCAACCGAAAACGAUAUUUUAUUUCACUUAAUGAAGACAUGCUAUAUUGUUAUGGAUUCAUUUCUUUCGGCGAUUGCCAAUGACCAUUACAUAAAUGUUCAUCUGGCCUUGAAGCAAACAAAAGCCCCCGGUUAUGAUAAAAACAAAUGCCAACAGGACGAAAAAGAAUAUAUUGAUCGAUUCCUGGAAAUGGAAAAAAGCAUGCACCUUUUAUAUACUGUUUUGAUGGCAUCUCUUAAAACGCUUGGGCGUCAGUUUCGCAUAGAUUUUGUUCAGCAUCUUGAAAUCAUUCGAGGGGUGAGGAAUACAAUAUAUUUUCUUGUAAAGAACGAUACAAAGAUAGAAAAUGGAGAGGCCAAGAAAAUGAAAAAGAAACUGAAUGCAUUUGAGCGUGAUGUGUUGCAAUAUCUAAACAAUCAAACACUUAAUGAAAAGGUGUCUGAAUGCAAUCCAGCCAGUGAUGUUGAUCGUAGUCAACUGUUUGACACCUUGACAGAAUGGAUAAAAAGUGAUCACUCGUUUGGACAAGAUUAUCUUCUACACAUAAAACGAGGGAAAUUCAGGAAAAGAGAAUAUAGAAACUGGAUAAAACUCACAAUAGCACUCGCAGAAGGGAGAAAAUGUCUGUCAGGUUUUGUCUUUGGCAUGUUUGAUGAGUUUACAAAAGGAAAUCUUAAAGUUUGCAAUGGAACGACACUCUCUGAAGAAAGUAGAAAUCAUAUGAAAGUUCAUACACACUUUGAGCCAAGUUGUCCGAAAUGUGAAGAAAUAAAGAAAAUAACACUUAAAUUAAAGGUCAAGAAAACCUCAAGGGAGAAAGGUUCGUCAUUAAAAAAUAAAAGAAUUCCGCGGGAAUUGUACUUGCUCAGUCUUUUCGGUGCUGGAAUGAAAUUAGACAGCGUUCGAGAUCCAGAAUCAUACGAAGUCCAAGACCUCUGUCGUGUCAUGCAAGAUUGCCGUUUAUUCCACCUAUGUGAUGCCAAUCUUUUGAGAAUGGUUGCGAGCGUUAGAAACAAAGUUUUUCAUUCGCCAGACAAUACAAUGGAGGGCAAUGAAACAGAUGAUUGUUUCAACAUCAUUAUUCAACUUCUGAAUAUCUUAUCAAACCAUCAAGACGUCCCAGAAAAGUUAAAACGUAAACUACGAAAGGGCGAGAGGAUUGUUGAGGAGAUAAAAGUUUGUGAAAUCAACAUCAGUAUUUUCAAGGAUUCAUCCAGAGCAUUAGUAGAAAAGAAAAGAGCACUUAUCGCUGAUCUUGCUGAAGCAGAACAAGUUGACGUUGAACGCAUUGCUGGCCUCCUCGAAGAUAUUGGAAAAGAGAAAGUAUUUUGGGAAGAUGAACUUGAAAGGGCUAAACUUAAAAUGCUCUCGGAAGACGAUUUAAGCAACGGGGAAAGGGAGUGUGUCGGAAACGUUCCUUGUCUGACCUAUAAAGACAACUGUCCAGACAAGGUUCUUUUCCAAAGUAGUUUCGAGAAUUUACUUGAAAUUGUCUUUACAUUUGUGUACUGUGUUGUGCUGUGGGAGUUUUUCAAACUAGCGUAUCCAUUCCUGUUUUGAAUAAAGCUGGUGUUAUGUAUAUAAGAUAACUGAUAUUAAAACAAGUUUGAAUGCAUUUUUGCCAAACUGUGAGUGCACUGUUUAGGGCUUUGUUGAUGCGGGCUAUGUUACAUGACUUGUCUUCUUUUGCUUGAAACAUGCACCGGUAUGUUUUCAUUUGAAUGUGAUGUCUGUCUGGUUGUUAAGUAUGUGAAAUAUUACCCG